AUGAACACAUUCUUCCCGCUCGACAAGCACUUUGCCAACCUCAAGAGCAUCGAGAUCAAUGUGAAGAAAGGAAGAUUCGACGAUGAUGACCAAAACAGUCCAUUAAUGGCCAUGGGCAAUGUCAAGACACUCGAGUCAUUCACUCUGACUGGGUACAAUGUGCGAGCAUCACAUCUCGAUCACUUACUACGUGAUGCCAACUCAAUCAGACAUUUAACAUUGUGUAACCUACACAUUGAGAGUAAUCAAAAGUCACUAUCAUCAAUGUCACUAUCAAUGGUCAGCCCAGUCAAUGAGGACGAUGAUGAUGAUGAGCAAUCCAAAGAAUUACAUAUGAACAACACUAUGGAGACGAUCAGAUUGAUCAAUGUUGAUGGCUUUGGAAAGUGUCGAUAUAUCAGAUUUGGAAAGUCACUCAAACAUUGGGAGAUACAACCAGAGUUCACGUAUAGGCUGGAUGAGGUGGUCAACCUCAGGUGGGUCCUGCUAAAUCAAGUGCCCAAGAGUACCAAAGUCAGACUAUCGUUGAACAUCCAUCGUCUAGACAGUUUAUCUCUAGACACACUCUUUAACCAGUCGUUUGAUAUUGACAUCAUUGGACUACAUCUACUUGGUGGCAACCUUACACUGGAAUCACUACCAUCAAUAAUGUUCAAAUUCCCCAAUAUCACAGAGCUGGAGGUGUUGAUUGGCAAGGACAUGCCCAUCCAAGAAUAUGCCGCCAAAGGAUUGUUGGAAUUCAUCGAUCAACAUCCAAAGUUGAAGUCACUCUCAAUCAAUGGCAAUGAUCGACCAAAUCAAGAUGUAUACUACCAAUUCUUCAAGGAUUUGUUUGGACGUAUAGGUGGACUUCAAGAGUUGACCAGCCUCAGUCUUAUAAAUAUGCCAUUAUAUUCAACUGCUGAUGAGUAUCGUACAAGGAUACCAAUCAUUGUUGAAGCAAUUAGAACACGUCCAACAACAUUGGUAUCAAUCCAACUUGAACUAUCACUACCAAGAGUUGUCGAUGUGGACCAACCUCCAUCACCAACAUCAAUGUUAUUCAUAGCCAAUCGCGACAAAUGGAGAAAGUGUGAUCUCCAUGACUAUCCAAUCGAUGAAUACUACCUCAAAACAUUGAAGCCAUAA